AUGGGCCGACGCACGCUUGUCGUGCUCGUCGCGGCGGCGGCCGCCGCGAGCGGGUCGAGGCCCGGCGACGAGCGGCGCCCGUCGACGCCCUGCGCGGACUCGGCGGCCGUCGUCUUCAAGGGGAAGCGGCGCGACCGGACGUGCGACUGGGUCCGGGGCGACGCGCGGCGGUGCGAGUUCCGCGCGGCGCCGGGCGCCGCGCCGCUCGCCGAGGCGUGCCCCGCGGCCUGCGGCCGCUGCGACGCGGCGGGCGACGGCGCGGCGGGCGACGGCGCGGCGGCCACGGCGGGCGACGGCGCGGACGACGGCGCGGACGACGGCGCGGACGACGGCGCCGCCGCGGGGCCGUUCCGCGCCGCGGACGUCCGCGUCGCGGCGCGCCAGCAGGUCUACCGCGUCGGCGACGUCGUCCUGCGCAAGGGCAAGCGCUGGAAGCAGGACCGGCGAACGAUCCUGAGCGACCCGACCUACGAGCGCAGCAUCCUGCGCGCGUACCUGCGGGACAUGGCGCGCGACCCCGAGUGGCGGCUCCUGAAGCGUCUCUGCCGGAGCGCGUUCCCGGCGCCGUUCCCGCACGAGGACCACGUGAGCGUCCACCUGCGCGCCGGCGACCGCAACGCCUUCGCGACGGCCAACGUGACGCGCUGCGUCGACGGCCACCUGCGCGGCGGCGCCGACCGGACCGUCUACGUCGUCGCCGUGCUCCACUUCGGCGAGAACGACAAGACCGGCAAGUAUUUUUCCACGCCCGCGCAGAUCCGCGACGGCCGGGCGCUCGUCCUGGAGACCAUCGGCGCGCUCCGGGACCGCGGCUACGCCGUCGAGCUCCAGUCCAACCGGUCCGUGGACUACGACCUCUGCUCGCUGGAGCGGAGCAAGCACGUCUGCCUGAGCAAGGGCGGGCUCGACCACGUCGUCCAGCGCCUGCGCAAGCUGGACGCGGGGUAG